GCAUCAUCUAUACCUUAUUUCAAGAUGGUCACAUUCUUCGAUCUUCCUCUGGAAAUUAUCCUUAUGAUCAAGACUUACCUAGACCCAUGGGACCUCCGAACCGUUGUCUGUCUCUACCUCGCAGAUCCCCGAUGCGCGGUGCUCCAUGACUGGGAGACAGACCCGGAAGCGUUCUGGAAGACCAUCUGCUGGAAGAAUGGGUUGGGUCGACUUCCGCUGGACGGGGGCUCGGAGGACGGUGUGUGGCAGGACAUCGCCCUCCAGUGCAUCGAACGCGACGGUUUCUGCAAGCAUCCUCAUUGUGGAGACGCCAUGCUAGAGUAUAACCGCGAGCGUAUGCGAGAGAGCGCGGACUGUAUCGAGGCAUUCUCUGCAGUGCAUGUGACAGAAGACUACGACGCCGAUGUCUCCUUCGCGCCAAAUCCAGUUCUAUUCUAUAUCGACUUCCGAAAGAGCGAUGAGUGCCGGGACGGGAAGGGGCAACCAAUCGAAGACGACGCCUACCUUCGUUGGGACAAUAGCUCAGGUUCCGAGAAACCUAACGCAGGAGAUGCCAGAAACCGCGCUUACCUUGGAGACCACCCCAUCACAGCCCGGAGUUUCGCGACUGCUACCCCGGUUUCGAAUAUACUCCUUCUCAACAUGAUUGGGUGGCGACGACCAAAGAACGAAACCUUGAAACUUCAGCGGCCUGUCACUGUGUAUGAUUUACUUGGACUGCUUCAUGAGGAUUUGGACUAUGACCUCACCGUACGGGACGUGUCCAAUCACGUGGGCGGCCACUUAGAAUGCUUCCGUCGAAUGGGGUGGGGCGUCUAUGAUACUUUCGAGAACCUGAAGACUACGCGCGAGGUGCUAUCUGUGUGUCCGAUCAACUCCGUGGAGAUAGUAGAACGAACAGAGUCCGGGCUGAAGGUGCGGUUCUGCCUACAGUAG